AUGUCUCCAGCAUCGUCCGGGGCAAACAGCACCAGUCCGCUUCCCCAUGACCAAACAGAGAGAAGGAGAGAAGAGCAAAGGCCCCAGCAGCAGUCACUGAUCCAGGCGCUAUGGCGUGAGCCACACUGGAAAUGCCUUCUCCUCACUCUGUUCAUGUAUGGCUGUGUGCUCGCUAUGACAUGGUGCUGCCUGGCCAAGGUGACACAACUCAGCAUCAGUAGUAACCUCAAGGACAGGUCGAUGGUGUACCAUGACAGUGCCUGCACCGAUGGUUACAUCUAUAUCCCCAUGGCUUUUUUGCUCACGUUCUACACACUUUACUUGGUGGAGUGCUGGCACUGUUCCAUGCGCUUCAACCUGCAGUAUAAAGUGGAUUUGGAGAGUAUAGUGGAGUGGGUGCAGCAGAUGCAGCAGGCCACACCAUGCAUCUGGUGGAGGGCCAUCAGUUACCACUAUGUGCGACGCACACGUCAUGUGACCCGCUACCACAAUACUGAUGCCUACAGUGCCACGCAGGUGUACCAUGAACGGGUGAACACGCACGCAGCCGAGGCAGAGUUCGAUUAUGGAAACUGCGGCGUGAAGGAUGUCUCCAAGCAGCUUGCAGGCAUGGAAGACUUCUCUAUCACCAAGCUCCGCUUCACCAAGUGCUUCAGCUUUGCCAACGCAGAGUCGGAGAACUCCUAUCUGACACAGAGAGCACGGUUCUUCACCGAAAACGAGGGACUGGAUGACUACAUGGAGGCUCGUGAGGGCAUGCAUCUUAAACAUGUAGACUUCAGGGAGCAUGUAAUGGUAAUCUCAGGUCGGCUGCCAUGGUUUUUGAGGCGCUGCGUGUUUUGGAUAGCAGCGGUGCUGACGUUCUCUUGGCCCUUGCGUAUUCUCACUGAGUAUCGCACAGCGUAUCUUCACUACCAUGUGGAAAAGCUGUUCGGCUUUAAUUAUUUACACCACUGCCACCACAUCUCCCGGGUGAACACAAUCGAUAGCACUGAACUAGAGUGGCACAUCCGCUCCAACCAGCAGCUGGUGCCCAGUUAUUCUGAGGCUGUGCUGAUGGAUGUGAAUCUGUCCGGCCGAGACUCCUUCUCCCCCCAGAACUGCGAGCGCUGCCGUAGGGCUUUGAGUGGUUCAUCCAUUUUCUCUCGUAGUGCCCUCAGUCUUUUUUCACUAGGUCAUGCAUAUGGCAACCUGAACGACAGUUCCGCCCCAGAGCACCACCAGCCAUCUCCUCCAACCUAUCAGGAUGCAUUGCGCUUCCCUGUGUUGAUUGUGCACCGCAGCGACGGCUGCCUCAGCCAUGAGCAUCACUUACUGCAUCACAAUGGCUCCUGCGUGGAGACUUCCUUAUGA